AGUCUCUUCACAUGCUCCUGCCUUUUUACAAUGCUCUUGCUGGUUGCUGUUGUGCAACAAACUGGCUUUAACUCGAUCAAUCGGUGGGUGGCUGACGGAUCGGUGCUUUAAUUUAGCUUAAUAAUUCUAAAGAACACAAAAAAUAAAAUGGACAGAACGGUCAGCCUCCCGAAUCAGCCUGACAAAACCGCUACAGUGACUUUAGUGGAGAGCAGCAGCGCCCCCAGUGGCCUGGAGCUGGUCAGCGCCUACCAGACCAACCGCCUCGGAGCACCCACCGACCUUGUGUCGCUGGCCGAACAAGUGCAAAAAGGAGAUGAUUUCAUCAAAGCCAACGCCUGCAACAGGCUGACUGUGAUCGCGGACCAGAUCAGGUACCUCCAGGAGCAGGCCAGGAAGGUUUUGGAAGAUGCCAAGAAGGAUGCAGACCUCCACCAUGCAGCCUGCAACCUUGUGAAGAAGCCUGGAAACCUCUACUUCCUGUACCAGCGGCCGUCUGGACAGAAGUACUUCUCUAUCAUCUCCCCUCAGGAAUGGGGCGCCAGCUGCCCUCAUGAGUUCAUCGCCGGCUAUAAGCUGCAGCACGACAUGUCGUGGACCCCUCUGGCGCAGGUGGAGAGGAAGGACGCGGAGCUCGCCAUCAUGAGCAAGCUGAUCAACAGGCAGACCGCCCUACCCGCCUGCAUAGAGCCCAACUUCGAAGGCAUCGGAAAGUAACGACACAGCCAGAGAAACUGGUCUGGGGGAAUAAUGGUUCUGAAUGGAUGUAAACGGUUCAAAAUGUAUUUUAAUAAUUUAGAAUGAGGUUUUAAUGAGUUCAAUGCAUACAAACUCUGGGAUCUGGACUGAGGUGGCAGCUUUGGCUGUCAAAGUCUCUCUCGUUAAUGCAGCAUUGUUGUUAGGAUCUGUCUGUUUGAACCACUGCCAAAAUCAUAUUGUCAUGAGCAAGUUAUAGCUAUAUUUAUUAAUAUUCAUCGGCAUUCAACAGCAAACUUUUAGUUUUCCUUAAGUGUUGGUGAAAGGAGACUUGAUUAUGGUCAUUGUAUGAUGUCAUGGCGAGUAGGUCAAUAAUGAAUACACAAUGUCUUAAGUUGCACAAUAAACUAUCCAGUCUUAAUCAAAA